UGGACAGUGCUUCAGAUGGUUUUUAUCUGCUUUCCUUAGCAGCUGUGCCUUUCGCAGGACAGACAAGACAAUGCGCUUUCUCCCUCGAGCCAUCAUCUUAACUUUCCUAGGUUUUAUUUCCCUGUUAUGGUGGCACCAUCAUCAUUCUACACCUCAGCAGCAAGACCGUCUGACCAUCAAAGAGAAGGAGAUCGAUGUACCCCUCACAUUUGACGCUCUGCUACAUAUUCAACAGGUCAGAAAAAAGACAUUGCGGUCUUUUUGCAGGAAAAAGGGCAAACUCACUAAACUUCCUCCUACCCAACAGGAAGCUUCCCAAGCUCUCUCUUCUAUUGCAGUGAAUAACAAACUGAAUUUCCUGUAUUGCAAAAUACCAGCCACUGGGGUGGAAGACUGGGAGCAGCUGUUGGAAGUGACACUGGAGAAAGAAAAUGUCACAUUGCAGGUGCCUGUCCCCUAUCACCAGGACUUUAAUAACGAAACAGCCCUGAGUAAAUAUAAGUUGACAUCAAUGGAGGCUCUGCUUAAAGCCUACACAAAAGUGAUUUUCAUUAGGGAUCCUUUCCAGAGACUCAUUUCUGCUUACAUGCAUGGGUUGGCAGACAAUCUAACCUUCAAAGAGUUCAUUCACUACAUCUUAUACAGUGGGUCCAAGAAUGCCAGUGAUGAGUGGACACCAUUAGUCAAGCUGUGCCGUCCGUGUCUUGUACAAUAUGACUAUAUCGUAAUGUUUGGGUUUCUUGGCAAUGAAGUACACCAUUUGAUGCUCCGGUCUGGACUUCCAGAUAACAUCCAGAUGCCUGAGUUCAUAGACUCCAAGCUCCAGUGGACAUACAACUGGCUAGAAGAACAGAUGUUCAGUGAAUUAUCCCUUGCACAGAAGAAAAGGCUUUGCCAUUUCUUUCGAUUUGACUUUGCCGCAUUUGCCUUUCCCAGGAGUUUGCUCUGGGACCUCAUUUGCAUUUCUGGAAACAGUUAAGACUACUUUGGCUAGAAGAAUGGGUGAAGAGGUUUAUAGUCAUCAAAGAAGAAUGCACAGAACUGAACUGAUGAAGCGAAAUCUCAGGCUGUUACAGAAUGGGGACCUAGUGGUGGUCUUGACAUUUGGUGGAAGCAAGUUCCAUAAUGUAACUAUGUGCUUUGUAAAAAAGCACUUCCUUUUAUUGGCCCCAAAUCUCCUGGAGUUGUUCACAGUCCAUUUCUUAUUUUAUAUUCCUCAACGAUCUGCAAAUAUUAGCACCUGACUGCUCACCCCUAAUUACAUGUCCUUUAGAAACAAAUCAAAAGCAUUGUCUAGAUACAGAGCUUUGGGGAAAUCUCACUUCUUACAUUCUCCCAUAACCAAUGUUCCUUCUAAUUUCUGAUGCGCUGUGUAUGGGAAAAAAAUGUUUUGUGCAGCUUUUCCCAAACCAAGUACAAAUUUGUGCACUACAAUAUAAGUAUAUGAGUAAAUUGCAAAUACCUGUAAUAAUGGCAUGUUAAAAUAUUUUCAUAUUUCUUAAAAUAUGAAAUAUGAAAAAUAUAGAAACUAGAAAUGUCAUAUACACACUUGAAAGUUAGGCCUUCAAGUCAUUUUGCUGACCCCUGCAGUUUUCUUGGCAAUGGUUUUUGGACAUGACUUGCCCUUGCCUUCUUCCUAGGAGUGAGAGAAGAGACUUGCCCAAGAUCACCCAGCUGGCUUUGUGCCUAAGCCAGGACUAGAACCCACAGUGUCCUGGUUUCUAGUCCAGUACCUUCACCAUUGCACCAAACUGGCUCCACACAUACAUGCUUAAAGAUUAAAAUAUAAACUCCUUACUCACUGAUAACUGAUAAUUGCAAUCAAUAUUUUGUAGCCAUUUAAACUUGUUUCUUUCUCUUCUUUUUCUUCUUUUGAUAUUGUAAUGAAAGAAUUUGGUGAAUGAAAGAAUUUGAUAUUGUAAUGAAAGAAUUUUUAAAAGAAAAAGAAAAGCAUAAUACAAAAAGCAUUUAGAUAGCACCCUCUCUCUCAUUUUCCCCCCUUUCCUCCUUCUCUGGAUGUAUUCUGAACUUAUUUAAACUUUAACUAUUAUUAAGUUAAAAAUUAAUUUUUUAUAAAGUUAACAAUAAUCAUGGACCUUGUGCAUUCCAAAACUCAACAGAUAUUAAAUAAACUUUUUUUGGAGGGUUGAGGGAAAUGAAUUAAACCUGUUUUGGAGGAAGAUGCUCCUUCAUGCACAGGAAGCUCUGGGGUCUAGAGCAAAUUGGCUAUCACUGCAAGGCUGGGAAAGGAUGGCUGGUUUGCUCUCCCAAGCAAAAGGCACAAGCUCAUUGCCCCAGCGUAACAGAAACUAUAAGUGUUUCUGUUUUUUUCACCAGUUCUAUGUUCUACUUGCAUGCCUGCUGAGUUGGUUCAAGAGCCUUUGGUGGUAGAUUUUUUUGGAAGCAUUUUGAAAGUCCAAGAAUACAAUACCUAUUAUGGUCUGGUGGUUAAGGCAACAGGCUAGAAACUGGGAGACCGAGAGUUCUAGUCCCACUUUAGGCAUGAAAGCUGGCUGGGUGACCUUGGGCCAGUCACUCUCUCUCUCAGCCCAACCUACCUCACAGGGUGGUUGUUGUGGGGAAAAUAGGAGGAGGAAGGAGUAUUAGGUAUGUUCACCUCCUUGAGUUAUUUAUAAAAAUCAUAAAGGCGGGAUAGAAAAUAAAUUAAAUAAAUAAAUAAAUAAAUAAAUAAAUAUCAGUCCUAUCUACUAAAGCAGAAGUCCUCCAUUUUUGGCCUUGGGGGUUUUGAGAAUAUCAAAAAUGGCGCUCUUGCAAAAUGGCUACCAUGGGGGAUGUAACCAAUUGCAAAGCACACCCUUAGCAGAAUGGCCAAGAAGAUCUUCAAAGAGGUGCUGGGCUUCACCAGUUAGCCAAGCAAAACACUUCUUCAGAGUGUUUUGCACCACUCUGCUCAGCAACAGCACCACGGGAGAUCUGCAGCACCUAUGUACUACUGUUAUUAGUGCCAUUUCAUUCAAGGAAAACCAUUUUGGGGGAACAAAGAGCAAACUGGUAAUUCAGUGCCUCAAAACUACCAACUUGAAAUGCUACCAUGUUUUAGUGUUAACAUAACAGCUUUAUCACUUCCUUUCAGCUCAGGUUUGGUAACUGGGGGCAAGAAGCAUCCACCAGGGGCUCUAGAUUUUAAUUGCUUGAUAGAGAUUUUGAAUAAAAGGAAUGAUGCAUUUAUGGUGUGUUGCACUGCUUCCCAUUUAAUCUUUUGAAUUAUCACCCUUUGUAUUCCUGUAUUUUUCAUGUUACUCUUUUAC